CGAUGGUGCCUGCUCCAUACAGCGUCCGAUGGACGUCUAAACUUAUCCGCCGCGACUUGAAAUGCAUUGCUGGCAACUGUACCAGCAAAAUCAGAGGUCUCUUCUCACCCACGUCCAAGACGCGUGCCCAGGCCGAAUUCGAGAUCAAGGCCCCAUUCGACAUUGAAGGACUCCACGAGCCUGCGCUCACGAGCGCACCUGCCGGCAGCUGCGAUUCUACACUGUUCACGGAUGCCCCCGAGGCAAAUGUGAAAGCCUCCAACACGUUGUACGUACUUCUCGAAACAAAGCUCAAGGAGCUGUAUGCCUCCAGAGACCACGAUGUACCACAUCAUGAGCGCUGGCUGUUCCGCGGAGCCUGGCUCCUCAUGCAUCUGGCUACCCAAUAUUGUGCAUCAAAUCCUGUACACGACAUCCUCAACGCCGGCUCUUCACAUGUAGAUGAGACCAGUCUGCUCUUAGACAUCAUGCGUAAGUCCACAUCAGUCCUGGACAGCCGUUGCUAAUGAACUCUGAAGAGCAUAGCAUUACAAACCCAAUCGAUCCUACAACGUUGACCACGAAGG